AUGGCACACACACGGAAAGGGACACUGGUUGCCGUGCUGGCCUGUAUUUCAGGAGUCGCGUCAGAACGAGCGGCAGUUAUUUCCCUGGCCACAAACGACUACUACGCUAAGGGAGCACUGGUGGCACUACAUUCUGCAAAGCUUCACGCAGGCGGCUUGGCGAUCGACCGGCUGCUGAUGGUCCCCGAGCGGUCUCAGCUCAGCGACACCUGGCGCCGGCGCUUCGUCGCUCUGGGAAUCAAGGUCGUCAACGUGCCUGCGGUGGUCCCCAGCAACGCACUGUUGACAGCAAUGGCCUCCGAGCGCGCGGAGCUGGAAAAGCAGGGCCUUCUGGACAUACUCCAACCCCUUUCUUACGGCGGCGCCUUUGCCAAGGUGCAUGCCUGGGACGAGCAGCUGGGCUAUGAGAAAGUGAUCCUGCUGGAUGGCGACGUUCUGAUCAAGGGGGAUCUGCUUGGCCUCUUGCAGCAGCAGCCUAUCAGCGCCUCGAAGGACUUGGCAGAUGCCUUCAACUACGGUGUCGUCGUGCUGAAGCCUGAUGCCACAAUCCACAGAGACCUGGUUCGUUUGCUCGUGGAGGCCACCGAGGAGGACUUGCAUCGAUACAACACAAGGACAGCAAAGGCAGCAGGACUCUGUGACCAGACGUUGGUGGCUGGGCGAUUAGCAGAGCUGUACAAGAUCAAUUUCUUCGAGGACAUGCGAAAGUCAUCGCGGCAAAAUCCACAAAAAUGGCUGAUGUCUACCGAGUACAACCUUGUCGUCUCGUACCGGGCCAAAGAGCGUUGCGACCUGCCCGGCGAACGGAAGAGGGUUCACAAGGCUAGAAUCAUCCACUUCGCGAACAACUGGCUGAAUUUCGAGACCUUGGCAAAGGACCGGGACUCACCCGGGCGCAUUGACUCGCGGCAUUCCACUACUGGCACGAUGUGUACAACCACGCUUUGUCAGACAGGAGCACAGAUCCUCCGCCAGCAUACACGCCGUUGGACUUUGAAUCAGACGAUGGGCUUGCGACACCGGAUGAAGUUCAGGCCGUUUUCCUAG